AUCAUAUACAUUUUUAAUGUUUUGAUAAGAAAUUGUAGAACUUGCUGUGCGUUUGCAUAAAAUAAAUUAUUUUUCACGCUAAUACGUAAUAAAUCAUUGUGGAAAAUGAGUUCUUCCCCAAAUUCAGACGAAGAAAGAAAGCUCGACUUCAACCCGCUGCUGCUGGCAGGAAGCGGAAAUCGCAAAAGUGCCUUCCUGCCGUACAAGCCGACGACCACGGUGCUGACGAACCUGCAGCGGGGCAACACCGAGGCAAACAUCCCGAGCGAGAUCUGUCUCAACUUUCACGAGAAAACGGGCCAGGGCGAAAUCACCGAAGAGCAGGUACGUGCGGAGAAAACCGUCGAUUCCGUGGACUCGAACAACUACACGCCCCUGCACUGGGCCUGCUACUACGGCCAGCUGUCGUCGGUGCAGAUCUUGAUCAAUUGUGGGGCAAACCCUAAUCGGGAAGCUAUCGAUAUGGUUAGUCCUUUACUACUGGCUGCGGCUGGUGGUCAUCACGAGAUUGUCCGACUUUUGAUUCAAAAGGGUGCCAAAGUUAACCAUAUGAACGUGGAAGGGAAUACUGCGCUAAUGUACGCCGCAGCCGGGAAUCAUCCGCACACGUGUAACGAGUUGCUCACGAGAGGGGCAAAUUUUACCGAUACUAACGAGGACGGAGAAACGGCAUACAGUUUGGCUGUCAAAAACCAGUCCAAUUUGGCCCAGGCUGUGCUGGAGAAUUAUAUCACAUCACUUUUAAUGUCUUGAGCGAAGUGCAUUAUAUUUUUGCUGUUGCCCAAAUUUG